AUGCGAGUCGCACCCGCGCUCGUGAGAGAGGGUCUUAUCCCUUCUUCUCCGAAUACGCCCUCCAUCGCGUUCACAAUCAAGUCGUUACAGCUCUACUACGUCACAAAGAUGCGCACGCCCCAGAUUUCAACGCAAAGCUACAUUAAGUCGCUCUGCGACUUACACGGAGUGACAUUCAAUAGCAGUCUUCCCCGACACUUCGCGACUGCCUACGACAUCUACAUCCAAGUCAAAAAUAAAGUUGCCCAACUUGUGCGACAGGCUCUUCGGCGAGACGCGCCGGACUGGCGGUUAGCGAACGUCUGUCCAUGUUGCACGUACCGCCUUGACGACGAACCCGAGCUCAAGUACUCAAUGUUUUACACGAUGGACGGCAACGAUUCGCUUAAGCGAGUGUUCAAACGCUCACAAGACAUUUCUGAUCCCUCAGGAACGUCAUCGGAGCUCCCGUCAUCACUCGCGGUGCCUCCGGAUAGAUACCUCGAUCGUGAGGCUGUCGACAAGUGGGCCAACGGCGCGCUGGAUAAUCUCAUCAGCGAUGAGGUGAGUUUUUCUUCUGAUAUUGUAUUUGAACCCUCAUUUAUUCUACGUUUACAGGGCAUGGAAGAUAAUCCGUGUGCGGGGCGCUGGAAGAACAUGAAGGACGAUAUCACCAAGAAAAUGUGGUCAAUAUUUGACGAGACGGGUAUAUUUUUGGCCGUCUGCAGACAUGGAUUCUCACUCCUCAUCGCAGACAUGGUGAGGAGCGGUGAACUUGCAAAAUACCCCCUCGCCGUUGUCGAGAAACUCAUGAAGACAUUCGGUAGCAAGCUCGGCGGCGGCUUCGACAUUGGGUGUAAGUUCAAGUCCACGCUAGCCAAGUCUCGUUUGGGCCCCCUCGCUCGAGAGUUCGCCCACACCUGUCUGGUCGGCGCAUUCCACGGCCACGCACACCGGCGCCUCUGCCAACUUGACCACCUCACUACGUAUGUUUCCGGGGUCGGCCUCGAGGACUUCGAGACCUGCGAACGGAAAUUCUCCCGGUCAAAUUCGCUUGCAGCACCCAUUCGCCACGCAUCAGUUUUCCACCGGCAACAAUCGAUUGAUCUUUUCUUCGAGUACACGGACGAGUUUGACGUGUAUCCGAACUUAUCACUCUUCCUUCUCAAUAACUACAAGCAGGCCCUGGAGAUCCUCGAUGACGGCGUCCCACGCCUUGCAGCUUCGAUGUCCCACCUCAAGAUCAGCGACGCGAACGUGUUCUCCAGCUGGUUAGAUGAGGAGAGAACAUACCUGAAGGGUUUGGAGAAGGAGCCCAUCGAAGAAACGCUCCAGAUGACCUACUGGCAGCGGCUUACAAACCUCCAGCACGCCAAGGAAGACCUCGCGGCUCUUCCCCAGUUCACGUUCAGCAUCACCACCCCCGAGACUGCUGGAUCAAAAGCGCCGAACGCGAAGGGUGCGAACUCAGCACAAGCUCUACAUGUACGCCGCCGGCAUGCCCAGGAGAAAGUUGACCGUGAAUUCGAGGCAGUCCACGAGUUGGAAGUCCAGCUCGGCGUCGUAGAGCGAUGGCAGCCGGGUUCCCCCGAGUGGAUGGAGGCUGGGAGGCUGGUGGCCAUGCGAUCAUACCAGCGGGCGCUCGACAAACUCGAAGGGCUCAUCGUCGCUCGCAUCUUCGAGAUGUCAGGCCUGGAUAGACCCGGCCGAGGUACCAAGGCUCUGAAGACACGCUCGGCAGCCAUUCAUUCCGCCCUCAAGCAGUACAACCAGGCCGCCCAAGCGCUGGUUCCACCGCGGCGCACGCUUGACUGGGAUCAAGUAGUCGAGUACGCCUUCCUGGCGGACUUCGAUCUCCUCCGCGAUGCACGGCAAGACAUCACGACACGCGACUGGGCGAAGCCUGGCGCUCGAUCGGCAAUGGAUCUCCACUUCAAGAUCUGCCGGGCUCGUGAGGAAAUCGAGCGCGUGAACGUUGAGGUCAAGCGCCUCGCAACCUACCUCCGGGACGAAGACCGCUACCUCCAUGAGUGUGAGCAGAAACUUCGACAAACUCACCCAGCACUCGCCCAUCAAGUGGCAGCGUAUCGGAGCAUACGGGGCCGGUGCAACGACCUGCAUUGGAGACGUCUACACGAUAUAUCCAAGCUCCGUGGCUUCAGCGGGUCGAUAGAGCCGGGUAAGGGCGCAGGCAAGGGAGUAGAUGAUGAGGAGAGUGAUAGCGACGAUGCAGACAACGAGGAGAGCGAUGCAGACAGCGUACUCGAGGAGGACAGCACAUGGACCCUAUUACAUAGAUUUCUUUCCUUAGAUGACACCCCUGUUAAGUAA